AUGGACACCUGGAUCUUCCCAUCGUCCCCCCCGAACCUGUCGGAUCACCUCAUGUAUGACAGCUUCAUGCAGGGCAAUGAGUCCGACUACAAUGAGACCUACACAGACCACAGCUUCAACAAAACCAGCACGGUGGUCAUCACCUGCAUGUACUUCCUGGUUUGCACAGUGGGGCUUUGCGGAAACGCCCUCGUCAUCUACGUCAUCCUGCGCUAUGCCAAGAUGAAGACGGUUACCAAUAUCUACAUCCUCAACCUGGCAGUGGCCGACGUGCUUUUCAUGCUGGGCCUGCCAUUCAUCGCCAUCCAGCUGGCUCUGGUCCACUGGCCUUUUGGCCCUGUGCUCUGCAGGGUGGUGAUGACCGUCGACUCCCUGAACCAGUUCACAUCCAUCUUCUGCCUGAUGGUCAUGAGCAUCGACCGCUACCUGGCUGUGGUGCACCCCAUUAAGUCCACAAAGUGGCGCAAGCCGCGCAUGGCCAAGACUAUUAACUUGACAGUGUGGGGGGUGUCCCUGAUGGUGAACCUGCCUAUUGUUAUCUACAGCGGAGUCAUCACAAAGCACGAUGGCUGCUUCUGCACUAUCGUGUGGCCUGAGCCUCAAGAGGCCUACCAAACGGCGUUCAUGUUCUACACCUUCAUCCUGGGCUUCUUCCUGCCCCUCCUGGUCAUCUGCCUUUGCUACUUGUUUAUCAUCUUUAAGGUGAAGUCCUCUGGCAUCCGUGUGGGCUCCUCUAAAAGGAAACGCUCAGAGAGGAAGGUGACGAGGAUGGUGUCCAUCGUAGUGGCAGUGUUCGUAUUCUGCUGGCUGCCUUUCUACGUUUUCAACGUCACCUCUGUGACAGGGACCAUCAGCAGCACUCCCAUCCUGAGGAGCACCUUUGCUUUUGUUGUAGUUCUGGGAUACGCCAAUAGCUGCGCCAACCCCAUUCUCUACGCCUUCCUGUCAGAAAACUUUAAGAAGAGUUUCCAGAAUGUUCUGUGUCUUAAGAAGGUGGGAGGGCUGGAUGAGACUGAUCGCAGCGAUAGCCGGCAGGAUAAGUCUCGCAUGAUAAAUGACCCCACAGAGACCCAAAGCACUCUGCUGAAUGGUGACCUGCAGACCAGCAUCUGAGAGGAAGGUGAUGGGCUCGCAUACACACACUCAUAAAGAGUCCUACAUAUCUGACAUAAUUAUCAGUCAGCUCCUAUCAGCAUCAGAGAGGAAGUGGACAUUAGUAAAGAAGGGGUUCACAGAGGAACAUUUCACUUAUUAAGGAGGACAAAGCAACAUCAGAAUGUCAAACUGCGCUGUUCCUCUAUCUGCCUUUGACACAUUGUUUGAUUUCCCUGGCUGUAAACAAAUACAUUAUUUUAUUUUUUCGUUUGCUCUUUGUUGUAUAUGAAAUCAGUUUGACUGUUCUCAGUGUGUUGACUGUAUUGACUGUAUUGAAAGGUGGAGCGGACAAUAACGCCCACUUACAAAGGGUCCCCUGGGUGACAUGAAUUUUCCCUGGAGACCCAGAAUUAUAUACAUAGUAUUCAGCGGCGGACUGUGCCAAGUUUCCACAGUCCUGCAUUGUGUAGAAAUAACAACAUAACAGUUAUCUCGUCUGCAGUAAAACAACAAACUGGCAACCGUUAUUAUUCCUUUAUUUAGUUCCUGUCAUGUC